AUGAAGCAUCCAAUACCUUUGCUAAUCGUGUUUGCAAUCAUCCUUCUAGGGAUUCCAGAUUCCCACGGCAAACUACGAAUGUUCGUACCGGGAAACCUUCGGCUAUCCACCGGAGACUUUGUUCCGGAGCAGUGUGAUGGCCGCAAGCUAACUGUGUGCGAGUCGUGCAACACCAUCAAGGUGUGCCUCAGCAAUUCUGGCAACGACCUUAAUCCCACACGACGCUGCCCGGAUGCUACUCCUUACUGCAGUUCGGUGGGAAGUGCCAUCGGUGCGGAUUGUCGUGCCCAACCGGACGCGGGAUGCUCAGUGACGUCCGUUCAGAAUAGUUUCCGCUGCACCGGUUCCGGUUUCUACCCGGAUGCCAACUCGUGUCAAGUGUAUCACUACUGUGAAAAGGAAGGUGCCGAAUCGGAUAACUACGACUGCCCGGAGGGAUACAAGUACAACACCAGGACCAACUACUGCCAACGGUGGCUCUUUCCCUGUAACAGGGUGGUAUGUGAUCCCAACAACAAGAAGGUUUUCAGCUCCUUCCCAGGAGACAGCUCGUACUAUGUUUUCUGCCAGUACGACAACACGGACAAGACGGCUGUCUUCGUAGGAGCUCACGUGUUUGCCUGUGGUAAGGGAUCGACGUUCAACGAAAACUCGGCUACUUGUGAGUUUAGAUGCCCCCGAAUAGGGCUGUUUGUGAACACGGCAAAUCCACGGCAGUACUACCAGUGCUACAGGACUGGCGGUAGGCUGCAGUACACAACGAACGCAUGCCGAGCGGAUCAGAUUUUCGACGAAGACGAACGCCGAUGUGUGAUCGUUUCGGGAGGAGGUGGAACGAAUACGACCACCGAGGAGCCCCCGACAGCCCCAACAGAACAGCCAACAGUUCCAGGAUUGUGUGUUCGAAGACGACAUUUUCUGGGAUAA